AAUGCGUUGAGUCUCGGUGAGACAGUCUCCGUAGGACAGUCUAGGUGAGACAGUGUUGUACGGAGCAAACUUGAACGACAGAGCGGGAGUGGUCUCUGCAGGUGCAGUUUAUAAUUUCAAAUUUUAAGCACAGGGUUUACUCGUCUGUUGGAUAUCCCACAAUGUAAGUUAUCAACAAUCUUUUCUCUUAAGUUUAACUUCGGUGAUUUGGCCUGGUUAUAUUGGCUGGUUAUUAUGGCUGGUUACCUUGGCUGGUUAUUUAUCACACCGCGUUCAUUCAAUGAAUGCUGCAUUAGAUUCCUGCCAGUAACUUUAUCAAUGCUCUCAAUCUUUUUUGUUAUUUAGAAGCGCUGGGCCAGUUUGGCUGGUUCUAUUUGAUGAUCAUUGAUUCAGUGAUUGGUUUUAUUGGCUAGCAGUAUCGACGACCUCCGUUGACGCAGCCAGGUUUUUAGAAAAUAAAACGUUUCAUUUCAGGGCCGUGGGUCUGUGUGUGUGGGUGCGUGUAUGUGUGUGUUUGAAACCUUGACCUUUUGGCACACUUUAUUUCAAAAUAUACACGAUUUCGUCAUCACAAGAAAGCGCGAAGGGCAUUUAAAAAUUGGUGGGUUUUGUGGCGGCAGGUCUACCGGCGUCCUCUUCCUGGCCACGCCGCUGGCCGGUACCAUCGAUCGGGUAUGGAUGAAUUGUUGGACCAUAACAUUUUGGAUGUAAACGAAUUUCUGUGUUCACGCGAUGGUUGUUUUGCUGGCAGCACUGGGCCAUAACUGUAACCGAUCUUCACAUGAUGUAUUAUGGAUCAACAGAAGUACAAAGUAACAUGGCGUCCUCGGGCGGUUUAUAUAAAUUACAUAACGACUUAAAAAGUGCACGCCAUGCACGCAAUUUAGUUGAACAACAACAAUUUGAAUAACAAUAACUAUUGAAACCUAUUAAAAGAUAAAAAGUUUAUUAUGGACUUUAAAAAAAAUAAAAAAUUUGGGGUUGAGACUUGAGACAGCUAGUGUCGAACUUAAGAUAGGGUGGGGGGGGCUCAUGGGAGGCGUUGGGUUCCCUCAAUAAUGUCAUCCUUGUCGAUUUUCCGAUAACAUAAUGAAGGCAGUCAUGUCGGCAUUGUUGGAUUAGUCAAAGUUAAGCACAUGGCCAGUUCGCCAUUUUUAAUCGUGGGAUCUCGCCUUACAUAAAUAUUGCGAGAGGAAAGAGGAAGGAGUGAGAGAGAAAUAAAUAGGUAGUUAGAAAGAGGGUGGCCGAGAAAGAAUGAGAAGGAUAAUGGAGUGUCUGCAUUUUGGGGGAAUUGAGUGCCUGUAUGUUGGUAGCGUGGUGUGCCUGCACGGUUGGGAAGUGGAGUGCCUGUAUGGGUGGGGAUUGGAGUGUCUGCAUGUUAUGGGGAGAGGAUUGCCUGUAUGUUUGGGGGGAGUGGCGUGCCUGCCGGUUUGAGAAGGUUGUAAGGUGAGACAAUAACUGCGUUUUUGUUUCUGUCUGUACAUGAUUACCUGUGAUUGAUUAUAUAUUUGAAGGUGUGCAUAUGUUUCACCAUAAAGGCGCCCCGACCUGUGUCUACACAUUUCUAGGUGUCAAAUCGCCCCCGCCCUCCCCCCCCCCACCGUAAAUUGGUGCAUAUGUCAUGGCAUUCACAUACAAAAAAUGCCGUCUGUAAUUUUUUUUCUUAACGUUUUCUGUAAUUGUCUCCCUGUAGCACAACAGCAUUCCUGGUCUCCGUUUGACAAGUGGAUUUAUCUGCUGUCAGCUGACGUCUGCUCGCAUUAUGUAGCAGAUUAUUUCGUCUCUUCUUUAAAAACAAAAAAAACCCCACCAAAUUUUAAACAUUCAACGCAAUUGAUCCAUGUCUUUUAAAAUAAUUUUUUUUAAAAAUUUGUUCUAUUUUUAGAACAUGUUCAUCAUAUUUUCAGCUCAAAAGAUACACGUUUAUUUCCCUCGUCAACAGUUACACCGGAUGCACAACCAUUUUAAAUAACGCUACAACAUUUGGGAAAAGGAAAAAAAAAAAAAUUGCAGCGCUCUUAAUGAAAGUUUAUCGAUGUUUCUGAGGACGCCAUUAACUUGGCCAGAUAAAUCGUGACUCACCGGUUGACUUGCCAGGCUCUAGUAUAUCACUGCGCAUGUGUCGCUUGCCAAGUUUACAUAACUACAUUUAAAAAAAAAAAAAAAAAAAAGCAGACGAGUUGGUAGCCCAUAGAUAAGGCCAACACAUUAAAAACCAUUUAAGAGUUAUUUUUUUUAAUAAUAAAAAAAAACCCCACCAAUCAAUGUAGGCACCAGGCUUUCAAGACAUUAAUGUCAUUACAUUAAAAAAAAAACCUUGCAUAAAUUAACGAUUAUUCUUCCUUUUUUUUGUCCAUUCCCUCCGGGAUUUCUCUCCCCCCCCCCCCCCCAAACCCUUAAAAAUUUUCCUAGCCGGUUUAUCUUAUUAGCACUCUGAGAAGCCAAAUCUGCUUUAUUUCAACUAAGUGUUCAAUUUACAGCAUCGGCAGGCCCCCCCCCCCCUUUUCGGGGUCGGUGGCAUCCAAACAUGACCUUCUUCCCUUAACGAACGUAACAGAACCCCGACUUCUGUUAAAAUGGUAUCAUGACGUCACCAGCAGUCCGUACACUCGGCACCCAACUACUUACGCCACUGCUUGGCACCCACCAUUCUACGCCACUGCUCGGCAUCCACCAUUCUACGCCACUGCUCGGCACCCAACCAUUCUGCGCCACUGCUCGGCACCCAACCAUUCUGCGCCACUGCUCGGCACCCACCAUUUCACGCCACCGCUCGGUACCCAGCAUUCCACGCCACCGCUCGUCACCCAGCAUUCCACGCCACUGCUCGUCACCCACCAUUCUACGCCACUGCUUGGCACCCACCAUUCUACGCCACUGCCUGGCACCCACCAUUCUACGCCACUGCUUGGCACCCACCCUUCUUCGCCACUGAGUAUAUAUGUAAUUAAAAUGGUUUAAGGGGAAAUUCAGAGUAACAAGGCGGGUAAAGAUCCCCCAGAAGGCAAAUAUUGAUCCACUCUCCUUAAAGAAAGUUUAAACAACCCAUUACGCAAAGGAUUAUUUUUAGAUUUUGAAUAGUCGCCGACACCGAGGUGGCUACAAUUUAAAACCCCUUCCAAACACUAUUUUUUUCUGGUGCCGCCACUGAGCAAAAGUAAACACACACAACCGAGCAGAAGUAAACACACAUAACCGAGCAGAAGUAAACACACAUAACCGAGCAGAAGUUAACACACAUAACCGAGCAGAAGUAAAGACACACAACCGAGCAGAAGUAAACACGCAUAACCGAGCAAAAGUAAACACACAUAACCGAGCAGAAGUAAACACACACACAACCGAGCAGAAGUAAACACACACAACCGAGCAGAAGUAAACACACACAUAACCGAGAAAAAGUAAACACACACAUAACCGAGCAAAAGUAAACACACACACAACCGAGCAGAAGUAAACACACACAACCGAGCAGAAGUAAACACACACAACCGAGCAGAAGUAAACACACACACAACCGAGCAGAAGUAAACACACACACAACAGAGCAGAAGUAAACACACACAUAACCGAGCAGAAGUAAACACACACACAACCGAGCAGAAGUAAACACACACACAACCGAGCAGAAGUAAACACACACACAUAACCGAGCAGAAGUAAACACACACACAACCGAGCAGAAGUAAACACACACAACCGAGCAGAAGUAAACACACACACAACCGAGCAGAAGUAAACACACACACAUAACCGAGCAGAAGUAAACACACACACAACCGAGCAGAAGUAAACACACAUAACCGAGCAGAAGUAAACACACACACAACCGAGCAGAAGUAAACUCACACAACCGAGCAGAAGUAAACACACAUAACCGAGCAGAAGUAAACACACACACAACUGAGUAGAAGUAAACACACACACAAUCGAGCAGAAGUAAACACACACACACAACCGAGCAGAAGUAAACACACACACAACCGAGCAGAAGUAAACACACACAUAACCGAGCAGAAGUAAACACACACAUAACCGAGCAGAAGUAAACACACACACAACCGAGCAGAAGUAAACACACACACAACCGAGGAUUCAAACAAGUCCUUGAGACUAUUGAUAAGUUCACGCCCCACGGCUGCCACUGAUAAACACACGAGAAGUGGGGAGGGGGGUGGGGGGGGGGAGGCCAACGCCGCCGGCACCCCCAGCCGGACUGAAUCCGACGCCCCUGGCGGUUUCAGCCGUGCGACUUCGUACAUGGAAGACGUUGCUAGCUCUGAAUAAAACAUUUCAACCCGAUGAACAAAGUAGCUGCAACUUGUUUCUUUUGGGGUUUUGUUGUUGUAGUUUUUUUUAUACCGGUACUACAUAGAGCAAACCCUGGUAGACAUUGCAACAUGUAGAUCGAGGUCAAUGGUAUGGACUGCUUUUUGUGGACUACUUUGCUAUUUGGUAGUGCAACAUUUCAAGGAGCGGGUAACAUUUUAAAAUUUCAAAACACAAUCUCGGACCAAUAAAAGUGGAGUUCAUUAAAACACCAUCUUCCUGUUAGGUCCGAUGAAAGUGGAGUUUAUUAAAACACAACCUUACAGUUUGGACCAAUAAAAGUGGAGUUCAUUAAAACACAACCUUACAGUUUGGACCAAUAAAAGUGGAGUUCAUUAAAACACAACGUUACAGUUUGGACCAAUUAAACUGGAAUUCCGCAUGACCAAUAAGAGUCUGUAAUUUUGCCAGUUGUCACAGUCUCUAGCCUCGCCCAACGUAGCAUUCCCGUCCUGCGACUGAUGGAGAGCACACAGUCACAUCCAAGAGUGAGUCACUCUUCAGUCACAAAGUAUUUCGAUUUGAUGGAAAUGGCGGCCAUUGUUUAUUUUUUAGUUAAUUUCCGGUCAAAUUUAAAUUCAACUUUGGUAUAUAAUAAAUACAUUUCUUGAUAGGAAUAAAUCAAACUUAUAAAGUUUUUAAAAACAUAUUUUUGGAAUAUUCUCUACCAAAUGGAAUAAAAAACAACUUUUAUUUUAAAAACACAUCCAUUAAAAAUGUAGGUGCAAAUGAAAUAAAGUAUGAAUCAAUUAAUAACAUUGAAAUGUUCCCAGUUAUUUUUUCAUUCUUCUAAACAGCGGAAAUAUUUUAAUUUGUACAAGGUUUACACGUGUAGUAAAACAAAACCUGGAAACAGCCAACAGCCCCGCCCCCCCAAAAAAAAACAACAAAAAAAAAACAGAAAAAACGCAAAAAAAACAAAAACAAAACAAGGCCGUUAUACAUGUGCUGACAUAAUUUAGACUUAAAAAAUGACGAAGAAAAUGUUCAUGUAAAUGGUGUUCAUGAACCUAUCAAAAGUUUUAAUAUGUCAGAAAAUGAGGAAAUCCCUUGGUUCGCAACAUAUUAUAAGUUUGCUGCACAGUCGGGCUUAUUUUCAGGUGUGUGUGUAUGGAAAGGGAGGGGGGGUAGGGUAAACUCCCCCUAGUUGAUACUUUGUAUUAUCUUUGAUUUGUCCUUCCACUUUCAGCUAAUUUGUGCGUUGCGAUCAGUAGCGCAGCUAGGGUUAACAUCACCCCCCAGGUUGGGUAGAGAAUUUUGCUCUCCUCUCCACCCCCCUCCCCCACGAAUAAACAAACUCUGCUGUUGGCCGAAAAGGCCUUCCCUCUAUAUAAAGAAGUACCCCACCGGGGCAGGAGUGCCCCACCCCCCUGCGCACCCCCUUCCCGAGCCACUGGUUGCGACACUGCAUUUCAGGAUAAUAGACACAUAUUCCUCUCCCCACGAAAAAACAAACUCUGCUGUCGGCCGAAAAGGCCUUCCCUCUAUAUAAAGAAGUACCCCACCGGGGCAGGAGUGCCCCACCCCCCUGCGCACCCCCUUCCCGAGCCACUGGUUGCGACACUGCAUUUCAGGAUAAUAGAUACAUAUUCCUCCCCCCCCCCGCUUCAUACACAAGGAAGAGAUUCCUUCAGUGACAUAUGUUGUUUCCCCGAGGUAGCAUGUGUUGACAUUCCCAGUCACAUUUCCCAUAUUUACCCCAAGGCAAGUGAGUUUUAUCAUAAUGAGCUCAGUGGUGCAUUCAUUAGAGAUGUCAGGGCCGCAUGCAUUUCAAUAGACGUACAUUUUAUUUUUCUUACAAAUCCAAAUUUCAAAAAAAAACAUAUGAAGGAGGAAGUGGGGAAAAGAGCAAAAUCCACUGAUGCGGUGAUUCUCAAAAGUUUGAUUAUUUCGGCGCCCUUUGCUGAAUCUGAAGUUUUCCCCCACAACACCCACCUUAUGUCAGUUGUCUAAGUAAAUUGAGAAAGAGCAAAUGAUUUUUUUUAUUUCACAAAAAUGUUAAAAUUUAAAAAAAAUGUAGUUCGUUGGAUAGAUACGUCUGCUGCUCACUGCACAUUUUCCACAAAUAAUUGAAUCAAACUAGAUACAAACACAUCUUAGUCUUAGUUUACUUUACUUCACGACACAUUUUUUUUAGCAUGGCAUUUUUUUUUCAUGUGAUGUCAAGAAACUAAGUCAAUACUAAAUCACGAGAAACCGUCAGCUCUUUCUAAACUAACAAAAAAGAGUACCGACAACUCUUUCUAAACGAACAACAAAGUACCGACAACUCUUUCUAAACUAACAACAAAGUACCGACAACUCUUUCUAAACCAACAACAAAGUACCGACAACUCUUUCUAAACCAACAACAAAGUACCGACAACUCUUUCUAAACUAACAAAAAAGUACUGACAACCCUUUCUAAACUAACAACAAAGUAUUGACAACUCUUUCUAAACUAGCAACAAAGUACCGUCAACUUUUUCUAAAUUAACAGCAAAGUACCGUCAACUUUUUCUAAACUAACAAGAAAGUACCGAAACAUUGGAAGAAAAUGCCCAUAAGAUAAGCGAUAAAAUUAAAAAUGGAAAUAAAAGUAGUUAAAAUUUUCCAAUCAUUCAGAUCCAGUGGCCAUUUGGGCCCAUGGCCAUUUGGGCCCAUGGCCAUUUGGGCCCGUGGCCAUUUGGGCCCGUGGCGUUCGGCCUUAAGUUGUGCGGCAAAUAGCUGCACCUUUCUUUGGAAGCGGCGGCCCCUCAGAGCGCACCUCUUCACACUCUUGGAACCACUGCACUAACGGCUAAUACAAGAUACAAACGCGCCGUCUCAUCUCAUGGGUAAUGCAACUUAGACAAACCAGACGUGUGCCCUAAUCAAAGCCGUCACAUGACUAUUGGGGGACCCUCCUGCCCCCCCCCCCAGGACCGUCAUUAAGUGAGAGUGAUCUUUAUUUCCCCUUGACCAGUAAGGGGUCGUUCGCAAAUUACGUCACGCUCACUUUGGGGAGGGGGCAGUCAAUAAUUUGUGGAAAAAAUUGGGGAGGGGGGAAACAAUGUGUGACGUCACAAUUCUUUUUUUUUUUAAAAAUCUAAAAUUUUCAGAUUUUGAAAUUUCUUUAUUCAAUUAAUUUUAAAAAGAUUAAUUUAAGGUCAAAAUUGCCUUAGGUAAGUACAGUGGAACCCCGCUAUAACGCGCCCCACCAUAAAGCGAAUUCGGAUAUAACGCGGUCGUAGCAUGGCUCCCGAAAUUAGAAAUUCAUUUACUCCAUCAGGCCUAAGUUUUUUGAAAAUUUUAUCCAUUGCUUGGAAAGCCAUUUUUUUUUUAAGCGAAAAAAAAUCACAAAAUAUUUUAGAAAAUGAGCUCCAUAAACGCACCACGUUCAAACUAGUAUCAAAAUUAAUGCCGAAAACGAGGCUUUCUUCCGGUAGAACUAUAAAUAGUAAUACGUAAGGGACGCAACCCCGCUUUUUAACGCGAUCCGAUUUUGUGGACCCCGAUUAUCGCGUUACAGCGGGGUUCCACUGUACCUUGAAACUCAGUCGCGCACUCAAUUCGGCUGGGGGGUGUGGGUGGGGGGGGGGGGGAAUGACUUAGUUGUUUUGUGUUUUAUGUCACAGUUUUCUAAUAAUGCUUACAUCUUAAACCUUUAUGGGAAAAUUUCAAAGAAUAAAAUAAAAUCUUAGUUUAGUUAUGAAAAUUUUUUGUAUGUUUUGAAUUUUUUUUAAGGGGAGACCUGACACUAAAGGGGGAGGGGGGUAAAGAAUUUGUGACACUUUGUGACAAGAGUGGAGAAACAAAGGGGGGGGGAGUGGGGGCUGGAAAUUCAUUUUUUUUGCGUGACGUAAUUUGCGAACGCCCCUUACCUUAUUUAUCUUGAUAUAAUGUCCCCACCUUUACACACCCAGCACUUAUCAAUGGGCGUUUGAUGUAAAAUUAGAUUCGCCUAUUUAUAUGCACAUGGAAGGUUCAGAAGACUUAAGCGCAUCAAUCUAUUGACGUGGCUGUUAGUGUUAUUUUAUUGGUGUGUCCCCUGAACCACGUGACCUAGGAGCGGUGACUAUCAUUGAGAGGGGGCUGACUCACGCCACAUUGCACCAUGAUCGCGUUUCCCUGUAAGCCAAUCAAUAUCACUUUUUGUUUUAUGGAUGGAUCAUAUAAUGGAUCACGCCUGCGGGCCUUUCGUAUCACGCUCACAGUUAACUUCUAUAACAUAAGCUCUGAACUCUGUGACUCUUUAAGUGACUCUGUAACUCCGUGACUCUGCCUUACCUCUUGUUUUCAUUUUACGGCUUUCCUUUCUUCCUGUUUAUCUCCCCCUCCCUCUUUUUCUAUAGCAUUUAUUUUCCCUUUCUCCUUUACCCAAAACUUUUUUAAAAAAGAUAUACAUGUAUCUCUCUCUACCCCCCUCCCCCUUUUGUUGUUGAAUAUGUGACAGAGUUUGCAGUGGCUUGGUGAGAGUUCGUUCCGCUCGGAGUAAGUUCAGUAAGCCAGGACAAUAACAGCCGCCCCGUUACCUUUCCACCAGAGAUCCUCUGUAGUCGACACACAACGCCCCCCCCCCUUCCAUAAAAAGAAGAUCCCCCCCGUUACCUUUCCCCCAGAGACCCUCUGUAGUCGACACACAACCCCCCCCCCCCCUUCCAUAAAAAGAAGAAAAAAGUGCCACCCGUGUUCGACCCCCCCCCCUUUCCUCUCACGUUCCUACGCCACUGAGGGUUAGUCACAAAAGAAACUCCUUUUCCCCGACAUGUAUCGUCCCUGUCAUUUCCCUGUCCCUCCUAACAUUUCCCUGUCCCUCCUAACAUUUCCCUGUCCCUCAUAACAUUUCCCUGUUCCUCCUAACAUUUUCCUGUCCCUUCUAACAUUUCAAUGUCCCUCCUAACAUUUCCCUGUCCCUCCUAACAUUUCCCUGUCCCUCCUAACAUUUCCCUGUCCCUCCUAACAUUUCCCUGUCCCUCCUAACAUUUCCAUGUCCCUCCUAACAUUUCCCUGUCCCCCCUAACAUUUCCAUGUCCCUCCUAACCUUUCCCUGUCCCUCCUUACAUUUCCCUGUCCCUCCUAACAUUUCCCUGUCCCUCCUCACAUUUCCCUGUCCCUCCUAACAUUUCCAUGUCCCUCCUCACAUUUCCCUGUCCCCCCUAACAUUUCCAUGUCCCUCCUAACAUUUCCCUGUCCCUCCUUACAUUUCCCUGUCCCUCCUAACAUUUCCCUGUCCCUCCUAACGUUUUCAUGUUCCUCCUAACAUUUCCCUCUCCCUCCUAACAUUUCCCUGUCCCUCCUAACAUUUCCCUGUCCCUCCUAACAUUUCCCUGUCCUUCCUAACAUUUCAAUGUCCCUCCUAACAUUUCCUUGUCCCUCCUAACAUUUCCAUGUCCCUCCUAACAUUUCCAUGUCCCUCCUAACAUUUCCCUGUCCCUCCUAACAUUUCCAUGUUCGUCCUAACAUUUCCCUGUCCCUCCUAACAUUUCCCUGUCCCUCCUAACGUUUCCAUGUUCCUCCUAACAUUUCCAUGUCCUCCUUACAUUUCCCUGUCCCUCCUUACAUUUCCAUGUCCCUCCUAACAUUUCCAUGUCCCUCCUAACAUUUCCCUGUCCCUCCUAACAUUUCCCUGUCCCUCCUAACAUUUCCCUGUCCCCCACCUAACAUUUCCCUGUCCCCCACCUAACAUUUCCCUGUCACUGACUUCCCAAGUAGCGUAAAUGCAUAGAUAUAUACAAUUGUAGCGCGUGGAUAUCGAUCUUUUGCCCCAUCGAUCACCUGAGAUCAGGUUAGACCUUUGAAAGCCUCGAUUCGGUCAAUGCAUAUACCCAUUAGGGGCGUCCAGGGGCAGAUCCAAAUUCUGAUUCGUCGGGCCGGCAAGUGGGAACAAAUCCAGUCAAGCGCAUAGGCGGUUUUCUCUCUCCCCCCCCCCCCAAUCCCGCAACGGAAGUGCUUGCUAUUAUGAAAUGAUGUUGCUGUCAAAUUAUGGUGUGAAUUUCAUGUCCCGGUGCUCCUGUCAUAUUAUAGUGUCACAUUUAUAUGGUAGUGUCGAAGGCCAUAUAAUAGUGUCACUGCCAUAUCAUGUUGUCACUGCCUUAUUAUAUUGUCACUGCCUUAUCAUAUUGUCACAGCCUUAUAAUGGGGUUUCCGUCAUGUCAUGUUGUCACUAUCAUGCUAUGGCGACACUGUCAUCUCAUGGUAUCACUGUCAUGUAAUGUUGUCAUUGCCUAUAGCAUGGUGGCAAUUGUCACGUAAUAUGAUUAAGUAGCGGCAGGUGGCAAUAACACUAAUGUAGGACACAGACAAGGCAGGACAGGUAAAGAAAAAGGACACAGACAAAGCAGGAUAUAUACAGACAAUGGAAGACACAGACAAAGCAGGAGAGAUAAGGACAGUGGAGGACACAGGCAAAGCAGGACAGAUAAAGACAAUGACUCGUACUAUAUAAAUAUAGUCUUAUGAAAGAUAUAAUAUUGAGGGGCUCGUAAUAAACAGUGUUAUAAAUGAUUGAUAGGUCGUACCACAGAGUUUUAUGAACAGUCGUGUCAAACUUGCAUGUUAAGACAAGUGUACACACAACUCGUUGUUAAGACUAGUGUACAUGCAACUCGUUGCUAAGGCAAGUGUACACACAACUCGUUGUUAAGACAAGUGUACACACAACUCGUUGUCAAGACAAGUGUACACACAACUCGUUGUCAAGACAAGUGUACACACAGCUCGUUGUUAAGACAAGUGUACACACAACUCAUUGUUAAGACAAGUGUACACACAGCUCGUUGUUAAGACAAGUGUACACAUAGCUCAUUGAUAAUGAGAUGUGAAUUCUAUCCAAAUUAUCUCUAGCGUUUGUGUCAAUUUUCCGCGCAUGCAAAAAAACCUGUCCAGUUUUUAAAAAAAAAUUAAUCUGGCGUACAUUGACUGGACUCCAGGCCUUUCAACAAUAAGUUCGAGGAUCCCUGCCCUGUCAUUUCGAUUAAGGACAAUGCACGGGUGUCACGAGUACUGUCAAUCACAGACGCAACUUGUCGUCACCCCCCCACCCUAGUCAAAGAUACCGUUAGUAUCGAAUACACUGGCAGUUGUAACCACGGUGACAAUAUCGAAUACACUGGCAGUUGUAUCCACCGUGACGGUAUCGAAUACACUGGCAGUUGUCUAUCGUGACAGUAUCGAAUACACUGGCAGUUGUAUCCACUGUGAUGGUAUCGAUUACACUGGCAGUUGUAUCCACCGUGACGGUAUCGAAUACACUGGCAGUUGUCUACCGUGACGGUAUCGAAUACACUGGUAGUUGUCUACCAUGACAGUACACUCCGAUUCUAAUGACACUGAGAUUCUCUCCUCCCUCCCCCCCCCCUGCCUUCCCGACCAAGGCUACAUAUAGUUCACAGAGGUUCCAUUGAUCCAGGGGUCGGGGUAUCCAUGACCAGUAAAAUGCUUAACCCGCAUUCCUUAAUACGCAUUGCCAUUGUAUUGCAUUGCUCUGUAUUGCUCUGUAGUGCUAUUUAAAUUUCUUAGUGUUCCGUGUGGUGCCGUCGGCGAAGUAUCUCUGGCCUAAGGUUUGGAGUGAAUUUUUUCAGUCCAAGGCAAGGCCUAGACAAACCCCAUGAUUAAGAAAUAAUCUGGUCAAUCAUUGUUUGCAGGACCUCAUAAUCCGAUUGGCAGAGGGGGAAACGUGCUACCCCCUACCCUCCCGCCCUCCAGUCCCGUCCUUAACCGUCCCUAAAGUAGGGGGUACUCACGUGACCUGCGCUACACGUGAAUUGUUGUAACAGAACUACAACUCAAUGCUUGGCAGGAUUCAUUGUUCCACCUUCAUUCAGUAGUUAUUAGGGAGCUCAGUCAACCGCGACACAUAUUUAUUAUUUUAAGACACGGGCCUCUACGUUAGCUACAUAUGCAGCUAUGGGCCCCUAUCUUGGCUGUUUAUAUAGCUGGGCCUCUAUGUCGGCUGCGUACAUAGAUAUAUGCCUCUAUGUUAGCUAUACAUUUACAGCUAUGGGCCCCUAUCUUGGAUGUGUAUAUAGCUGGGUCUCUAUGUUGGCUGCGUAUAUAGCUAUAUGGCUCUAUGUUAGCUAUACACAUACAUCUAUAGGCCCCUAUCUUGGAUGUGUAUAUAGCUGCAAGAAGCCAGUAUAGGAGCUGCUCAUUCCUGCCCAAGACAAUCAGGGACUGGAACAAUCUUUCAAAAGGAACGGUUGAGGCGGCAACACUAGACACAUUUGUGUCUAUUGCCUCAAGCCCUCAAACCCCUAGUGCAUGAUUUCCUCAUCAACACCAGUAACAGAAACAUUGCAAAUCCCAUCUACAUGCAUAGGAGCCAAAAUGAUCAAUAAAUUGAUCGUGGGUCUUUAAGAUAUAGAAGAAGAAGAGCUGUGCCUCUAUAUUAGCUAGAUAUACAGCUAUGGGCCCCUAUCUUGGCUGUGUAUAUAGCUGGGCCUCUAUGUUGGCUGUGUGUAUAGCUAUAUGCCUCUAUGUUAGCUAUACAUAUACAGCUAUGUGCCUCUAUGUUGGCUGCGUUAUUAGCUAUGCGCCCCUAUGUUUGCUACUUAUAUAGCCAUGUGCCCCUAUGUUGGGUACGUAUUUAGCUAUAGCUAUGUUGGCUGCGGCCAAGGCAAGUGAAAUCCUUAAACCGCUCCUGGCGGUUGUCGUCCGUCAUGGCGGUAGGAAGUACCCGAGGUACUGAGUACUUAUGCUUAGUUGUUGACAUCCAGCGUACCUCAAAGCACUCCAUUUUAGGAGUAGGUUUUUCUCCCUCACAUUUUCAGUGUACGAUGUUUGGACGCACAGAGUGAUCUGGGGUUAAGUGUAGGAGAAAACACGAUCUCUCUGACCGGCUUACUCUGUGCCAGUGGUUCUCAACCUUCCUAAUGCCGCGACCCUUUAAAACAGUUCCCCAUGUUGUGGUGACCCCAAAACUAUAAAAUUAUUAUCGUUGCUACGUUCAAUAACCGUGGAUUUUCCGAUGGUCCUAGGCGACCUCUGGUUAAGGUACGUUCGGCCCUCCCCCGAAAGGGUUGCAACUCACAGCUUGAGAACUACUGCUCUAAGUUGGGGGGGGGGGGGGGGCGGGGGGAUUGGGUGGGGGGAAAAUGGGGGGUAAUAACCGUGGAUUUUCCGAUGGUCCUAGGCGACCUCUGGUUAAGGUACGUUCGGCCCUCCCCCGGAAGGGUUGCAACUCACAGCUUGAGAACUACUGGUCUAAGUUGGGGGGGGGGGAGAGCGGGAGGAUUGGGUUGGGAGAAAAUGGGGUGGAGGCAAAGACAUUUCUUGCUGGUUCGGGAAAACGUUGACCUACAAUUCCAUGUCUGACGACCAGACUAUUCUACUCUAACGACGAGACAAGUAUGACACCACAGUGGGAUUUUUUUUUCCUUUUUUUCCCCCCUUUGCUUUUUUUUUUUUUAAAAUGGUGUGUGGGUGGAUAUAAAUAUUUAUAUUUAAAGACAUAAAGAUAGUGAUAGUAAAUAAAUCAGCCCGGUUGUCAUUUCCAUGAUAAGAUGCAUCGCCAAACCCAUUUAAAAUUGUACGCAUCAAAAAGUUAUUGUAAGAGUGGGGGCAAAGCUUCAGUCAAUGUUACUCAACGAUAGUGUAGGAAACUGAUUGUUGGUGGGAACCUAUAUUAAGCCACUCAUGCAGCCUUUGAGAAAAGAGUUGAUCUCCGACCACGUUGCAGCUAGCAUAGGGUUUUCUACAUAUUUCUUGCCAUAUAACACAUACUAUGUCCAAAACAUUCCCCAACGGAAACAUACUCAACCCACGUGACACCCAUUCGGUAUAAUGCCCACAUGGAAACAUUACAAUAUGGAAAAAUACCCAGGUCGAAACAUUAAAAAUCCCCAUGGACUCUUUUUGAAAAAAAUCUCCAUAAAGUAAGUGGAACGGUGGCUGUGAAAGAAUUCCACCGAAAAGCUGGCACUUGUUACGGCCCCUUACACAAGCUCCACCCGGGACUAAAAUCAUAAUCGUCACGUGACAGCAAUGUUUAUGUUCCCGCGGGGAACUGAUGCGUGUCCCUUUCCAUGCUUGGCCCGGCGCGGUGGGGAAUCUCGUCACGUGUGUGAUCAAUGGAAUGUCACGCUUCGGUCGCCAGAGAUAGGGCAGGUCGGUGGAUACAUGUUGGGCUCUGGUAGCGUUUAGCUGCAGGGGUUCUUAAACUUUUAGGUACCGUGGACGCCACCCCCCCCCCUCUCCCCGUUUCCGCUAGUCGUCUGGCGAAUGGAUAGACCUAUAUUUAAAAGGGGAGCACAGAUCACAGGGGCUUUCCAAGAACUGUCCUUUGUAGAACUCGAGUGGAGAACCCCUGGACAAAAUGGGGUUCCAAUCUGCCCAACUGUCGUGUAUCGUACUCUGAUGGUAUCGUGCUCUGAUGGUAUCGUACUCUGAUGGUAUCGUACUCAGAUGGUAUCGUACUGUGAUGUUAUCGUACUCUGAUGGUAUCGUACUCUGAUGGUAUCGUACUCUGAUGGUAUCGUGCUCUGAUGGUAUCGUACUCUGGUGGUAUCGUACUCUGAUGAUAUCGUACUCUGAUGGUAUCGUACUCUGAUGAUAUCGUACUCUGAUGGUAUCGUACUCUGAUGGUAUCGUACUCUGAUGGUAUCGUACUCUGAUGGUAUCGUACUCUGAUGAUUAACCAACUGUGAUCUGUGGUUACGGUACUGCAAUUUACAUCAAACAUUGGAAAAAUUUUCCUCUGGCCAAACAGCGGCAGUGUCUACUCUGCCAGGAAUGAGGAACUGGGUCUUCAAUAUUUAAAAAAAAAAACAUCUUGCGCAGUGAUACCAUCCAGUAGCUACGGUUAGUACCAAACGACGCGAGACUAGAAUUUUGCCGCCCCGUUUCCAUGGAACCCCCCCCCCCUUACAUUUGGUCACAAAAGCCAUGUAAUUGACAAUAAAUGCCGCUUGGGGCAGACCGCCUCCUCCCCCCCCCUCGUACCCCCUCUUACGCCACUGAUAGCAUUGAAACCAGUGUGACGUCAAAUACCUCAGCUGAAGAUUGAGUCAAACUGUUGGAACAUUUCAUAACUUAGUUUCAUGAACAAAUAUGAAGGCACGAAAAAAAGGUUGAGGUUGACUGUCACAGAACUGGUUGGGGUUCUAUAAAUAGAACAUCUUAUCUUUACCCUCCCCCCCCCCCAAAGAAAACUAGUUGGUUGCGUUUCUCGGGUGUGAGGGGGCGUAAGACUUGUGAAGGUUGGGGGGGGGGAUGUCAGUCCGUGUGGGUGAAGAGCCACAUUCUUUAGAAAGGACAGCGCUGGGUGUAUCAUUUUCAUUGAGAGAAAUAGUUCGGGGCGUCGAGAGAAAUAGUUCGGAGCGUAAGUACAUAUUCCCCCAAACAGGCUUGUCCAGGAAUUCGGUGUUGCUUUACACAUACCUUAAACAGCGUGGCGGUUCUCAGUUUGUGCCUUUUGGGGUUUAAAGUUUAUCCCUGGUCAAGUAUGUAAACACAGUAGGCCUACGUAUCUAUGCGUUUUAAAUAGUGUUAUGUUCUCAACAACCCCUAAAAUAAGUUUUUCUUAUAUAGAAUGUGAUAUAGAGCAGCGUGUGUGUGUUGAGAGCGGGGGGGGGGGCUGGAAAUUUGACAAAACAUGCAUAAAAGUAACGCAAUUUGUAAGAAUAUAAAUAAGUGCUCCCGCUCCCCCACCCCAAGGCACGCAACCGCACAUUUUUUCACGCCCCUGAACUUCAUUAUUUUAAUGACCCACCCACCCUUACACCGCAGAUUUAUUUCACCAACUAUUUCAGAAAAACAAGAAAACAUCAUGCACCAAACGACCUUGCGAUAUUAAAAAAAAAUAAUCAUAAUAAUUUCAUUCAGCUCAUUUAUCGGGAAUUUUAUUUCUUGAAACCAGUGGCAUCAAAUUUCCCUUCAUAUUCCCCUUGAAAAAGAGGGUAAAAAUCAUGGGGGGGGGGCUAGGGGGGUAAGGCUGAAAAUUUUAUAGAAAGUGUUACCAUCGGCAACGAGUUUAUGCGCCGAGUUUCAGAUCGACAGGUUGAUGGCAAGUGGGUCAGUUAGCCGUCCGAAGAUAUUUGCCAGCCGGGAAUACACGCUCAAAAGCGAAGUUGAUAUAAAGGAUUGUAAAAAAAAAAGAAGAAAUUUUGUCAUUACAACAUGAUUUAAAAUAUAAAUGAAAACAAUUUUAUUUCGGACUUUAUCCAAUGAUACACGGACAAGGAACAAUACAACUGUUAUUGAAAAUAGUUUCAUAAUUUAACAACCGAUUCCUAGAGCUCAAAUAUACAUACAUAGAAAAUAAUAAGAUGUUAGCCUGUCUGUUCUACUCAACCGGUACGGACCGGCUGAAUGCCACCGCUGGGCGGGGCGUACAAAGAAAUUGGACACCCUGUGUCAUAUAAAAAAUAGUAUUGGGGUCAGGGGUCAUGAAGGCAUCUCUACCUCACCGGAAAUAUUUGUUAGGAAAAGCAAAUAUGAACGACCUCAGUGGAAGGUUGCCUGAAGACGUUAGUGGAAGGUUGGCUGAAGACGUCAGUGGAAGGUUGCAUGAAGACGUUAGUGGAAGGUUGGGUGAAGACGUUAGUGGAAGGUUGGGUGAAGACGUCAGUGGAAGGUUGGGUGAAGACAUUAGUUGAAGGUUGCAUGAAGAUGUUAGUGUAGGUUCCCUGAAGACCUCAGUGGAAGAUUGGGUGAAAACGUCAGUGGAAGGUUGGGUGAAGACGUCAGUGGAAGGUUGCGUGAAGAAGUUAGUGGAAGGUUGCGUGAAGACGUUAGUGGAAGGUUGCGUGAAGACGUUAGUGGAACGUUACAGGAAAGACGUCAGUGGAAGGUUGCAUGAAGACGUUAGUGGAAGGUUGCAUGAAGACGUCAGUGGAAGGUUGGGUGAAGACGUUAGUGGAAGAUUGCGUGAUGACGUUAGUGGAAGGUUGCGUGAAGACUUUAGUGGAAGGUUGCAGGAAAGACGUCAGUGGAAGGUUGCAUGAAGACGUCUGUGGAAAGUUGGGUGAAGACGUUAGUAGAAGGUUGCCUGAAGACGUUAGUGGAAAGUUGCAUGAAGACUUUAGUGGAAGCUGGAGUGAAGACGUUAUUGGAAGGUUGAGUGAAGACGUCAGUGGAAGGUUGCGUGAAGACUUUAGUGGAAGGUUGCAGGAAAGACGUCAGUGGAAGGUUUCAUGAAAACGCCAGUGGAAGGUUGGGUGAAGACGUUAGUAGAAGGUUGCCUGAAGACGUUAGUGGAAAGUUGCAUGAAGACGUCAGUUGAAGAUUGCAUUUCCUUGUUGUUAUUGAACUUGGUGGUUCGUACAUAAAGUUGGACUGUGGAAUGGGGAGGGGCUGGGGGGGCGCUCUUAAAGGUAAUUCCCUGAGCCACACACUCGGCUUGUCUUUCAUGAGCCUCGUGGUGGAGAGAAGCCUGGCGUGCAGCAUUGCAGGACAUUGUUACAGGACGCGAGGGAUCUCAUGUUCAUUUCAACUUUAGUAGAUGCAGCUUUAACCACAACAUCCAGCACUCUUAAGGGGAAAAAAAUCUAGAGUAUAUGACGUCAUUCACAAGUGAUUAUCAAAUUCAUUUUUAAAAAUGUUCGUGACAUCAUAAGACGAAGGCAGAGAUCGGAUUCGUAUACCGGAAGUCUUAAUGAAAUGUGUCCACGUACCCGUUAGAAUCGGGAGAUUGGGCAACGAACGUUUUUUUUUUUUAAACUUGAGAAUUUUAUUUCUAGACCUUUCCCUAUCACAUGCUCUGGACCAGCGUUCCCCUAAAUGGUGAUCCACAGACCGGCACUUGUCCGAGAGCCUUACGUUACCGGUCCGCACCACAUAUAUAGGGAUGGUCGGAAAUAAAAUUUAAUUAAUCGAUCCGGAACUGGUCCCUGGUUGCAAUGUCAAAACAUGUCCCAUGGUCCGUCAAACACAACAGUUUGAGAAUCGCUGGUAAUUUUUAUAGAUAACGUUUAAUCGCAUAUUAAGCUAUUUACGUUUUGUCAGAUUAGGAGAUUUUUGUACAUGGAGGCGUUUGAAGAUAUGGAAUAUUAAUGGUUAUUGGAUGUUCAGAGCCAUCUGGUAGGCCCACCACCACGUUGUUGCUGCAGUGGCCUCGGAUAUUUGAGGGGCCCCGAAAACGUGAAUGAUUAACUUUGAAUGCAGGUGGCACACAGCCGUAAGGUGGCAGUGCCCCCCCCCCCAACCCCUCUCCAAAGUCACGCGACGGCUUUGUGGAAAUGUACGCAAAAGUACGCAAAUGUACACCAAAAGUCCGAAACUGAGCGCGUCAUGGAAUAUUACCACAUUGAAUAAUUAUUGUCUUAAUUCCAACGUCCAUGAACUGGAUGUGUACGCAAAGGCGGGCUGAAAACCGUCGACGACGUGUAUCCAUCCACAAACUUUUCAUCCGUGAUGGAUGAAAUCCAGUGAGCCAAAUUAUUUCAGAUUGAACUGAUGAAACCGGGGACGACUUCACGUGGGUUGUCUUAUUUGUACAUACGCGUACAGGUGUGUCCGAAAAAAAAAAACUACUAGACGCCACAGGCUACUUUAUAAAUGGCCCAUAACCACAUACCAAUGUUCUCUUCCUUGAUAGGAGGAACUGAAAUUCCGUGAAAUCGCAAUCGGAAAUCCCCAUUCAAAUAUUUAUUUUAGAUUUUUAUUUUUUAUCUUUUUUUUGGGGGGUGGGGUUGUCUCUCUUGCCCCCCCCCCAUUUUUGGGGGGUUCCACCCCCACCCCGUUCUGGAAAGCUUAAAAGAUGUAUGUCUCCUGCUCUUGCACCUAAUUCAACAAAGUUAACCAAUCCUCUAUUAGACAAGGUAUGUGUCCAACCACCCGCCUCCCCGCCCCCCCCCCCAAUUAGACAUGGUGUAUGCCCAAUCCCUAACCGUUAAGAUGUACCUUAGACUACCUGAGCCUGAGCCAACAAAAUGAAGGUGUGCCGGUCGCCUGUUCAUUCCUCCACAAACAAAGCCUCACGUUUCAUUCAAACGUUCGUCCCCGCCAUUGAGGCCUCACAAUUCUUGCCGGUCCACUAUUCGCGUGAACCAUAAUCUAAAUCAUAGGCUUCUGAAGGCUAUCGUAGUUUAAUAAAGUUUAAAGUUUUCAAUAAACCGAUUCUCCAACAAUUGCAAAUGGUGGACACGGUUUGGGGAAAUCAUUCUCCCCCCCCCCCCAGUCCAAUUUGAGUGUGUAAAUUAAAGCAUUAAGUUAAGCGGCCAAGGUCAAAGUUAAGCGGCCAAGGUCAAAGUUAAGCGGCCAAGGUCAAACGACUUUUUCAUCUUGUACCCCACGACUUACGACACUUAAAAAAAAUCCUUUCAAAACUAGACUUUGAACAGGUCUACUCCAAAUAGAGGUUAGUAUUUGUUAACCGCAGCACAUUUCAACCCCCAGGGGCGUAGGAAAGGGGUGGCAUUUUUUACCAGCUCCUGUGGUGUUUUGUCCUAGCAAAAAGCUUGCACUCAUCCUAACUACUAACAAAAAGAUUCCGUCACCAAAUUUGCAUAAGCCAACAACAAUAACAACCCCCACCCCCCACCCCUUCCUGGUUGUAAGCGUGAAAUAAAAUUGACCUUUUUGUUUAUCUCUUCUCCGGACAGCUCCCUGGACGGUGGGGAGGGGUAACGCAACACCACCUCUCCGGAGAGGAAGUAAGGCCGUCCUGUCCCAUAGGAGAGUGGACUACGGACGCUUUAAACGCAGCGCCCUCGGUCCCUCGGGCCAGGAGGGAAGUUCCUGGCGCGCCUCCGCUCGGUCUGGAGCUUCGGCUCUGGCCCGUUUGGGGGAGUGCCGGGGGGGGGGGUAUUAUGAGUGCAAACUCGACGACCCACCGACACCAUCUGCAAAGUGAUGUUUAUCUCUUCUUGUGAGCUGAGUUUCUCAUUGAUCGAUUAUUUAUUUGAUCAUUCAAAGGACAAACAAAACAAGAAAAUGUUUUAGUUUAUUAUUAUUAUUAUUUUAUUUUUUUUUGUAUUCCCAGAAAUCUACCCACAAACACGCUAGUUUGUCCUCAUUACCCAGAGUGCCGUCAUUCGCGGAGUUGUCCCAGCACGGAGUGAGACUGUAGGGGAGUAGCACGGCGUGGUGGAAAAGAAAAAAAAGCUGUAAGCAAUAGCGCCUCCCUCGACCACAGUGAGUCGAAGACGAAGUUCAGCCAAUCGCCAUUCAUCAUGAGAUUACUGCUGGUCACGUGUUUCCUGGCAGGUAAAAAUAACGCGUGUCUUUGUCAAACAUCCCCCCCCCACCCCCCAUGCCAAGUAGGCUACACAUAGAUCAUUAUAUGAAUGUUUCGAACGGCCGUAUAAUUAACAAUAGGAAUUUGCUGCACCGGCCACCGCCACAUAGGCACUUCGAGCCAGGGUCGGCCCUAUGUGCCAGGGUCGGCCCUAUGAGCCAGGGUCGGCCCUAUGUGCCAGGGUCGGCCCUAUGAGCCAGGGUCGGCCCUACGUGCCAGGGUCGGCCCUACGUGCCAGGGUCAGCCCUACGUGCCAGGGUCGGCCCUACGUGCCAGGGUCGGCCCUACGAGCCAGGGUUGGCCCAAUGAGCCAGGGUCGGCCCUAUGAGCCAGGGUCGGCCCUAUGGGCCACGGUCGGCCCUAUGAGCCAGGGUUGGCCCUAUGAGCCAGGGUCGGCCCUACGUGCCAAGGUCGGUCCUAUGUGACAGGGUCGGCCCUAUGUGCCAGGGUCGGCCCUAUGGGCCAGGGUCGGCCCUAUGUGCCAGGGUCGGCCCUACGAGCCAGGGCGGCCCUACGUGCCAUGGUCGGCCCUAUGAGCCAGGGUCGGCCCUAUGAGUCAGGGUCGGCCCUACAGUUGCUUAACUUUGGCGCCUCUUUCAAGUAUAAUCCUCAAAAUGCGUCCGAGUAAAAAACUGGAGAUGAGCAGAUAAGGAGUUGAUGACCUAGUUUUAACAAAAACAAAACAAAAACAAACUGAUAUUGUGUUUCUUUAAAGUUUCUUAACUUGUAUUUGGACAGUGUGUACAAUUGGCUUACCGUGGACAGUGUGUACAAUUGGCUUACCGUGGACAGUGUGUACAAUUGGCUUACCGUGGACAGUGUGUACAAUUGGCUUACCGUGGACAGUGUGUACAAUUGGCUUACCGUGGACAGUGUGUACAAUUGGCUUACCGUGGACAGUGUGUACAAUUGGGUUACCGUGGACAGUGUGUACAAUUGGCUUAUCGUGGACAGUGUGUACGAUUGGCUUACCGUGGACAGUAUGUACAAUUAGCCCACCGUGGACAGUAUGGGUGUGACCCCUCGGGGUCAUCGCGUGGGCCUUACAACCCCAGCGUUUUUUAGGGAGACUCUUGUUUUGAGUGACCCAAAUUUGUGAUGUGGAGAUCACUUCAUCUAUAAACUUGAAUACAAGGCGGACAAAACCGAUAAGUGGUGAUCGUGGGGGUGGGGGUGGAAAGGGGGUGGGGGGGGGCUCCACAGUGGGUAGAUAACAGAACACUUGACACGAAAAGUUUCUCAUGAUCAGAAUACCAUUCCUCAAUGAUCAGGGAAUACAUUCCUCAAUGAUCAGGGAAUACAUUCCUCAAUGAUCAGAGAAUACAUUCCUCAAUGAUCAGAAUACAUUCCUCAAUGAUCAGAAUACCAUUCGUUAAUGAUCAGAAUACAUUCCCCAAUGAUGGGAAUAACAUUUCUCAAUGAUCAGAAUACCAUUCGUAAAUGAUCAGAAUACAUUCCUCAAUGAUCAGAGAAUACAUUCCCCAAUGAUCAGAAUACAUUCCUCAAUAACCAGAAUACAUUCCUCAAUGAUCAGAAUACAUUCCUCAAUGAUCAGAAUACAUUCCUCAAUGAUCAGAAUACCAUUCCUCAAUGAUCAGAAUACCAUUCCUCAAUGAUCAGAAUACAUUCCUCAAUGAUCAGAAUACAUUCCUCAAUGAUCAGAAUACCAUUCCUCAAUGAUCAGAAUACAUUCCUCAAUGAUCAGAAUGCCAUUCCUCAAUGAUCAGAAUACAUUCCUCAAUGAUCAGAAUACCAUUCCUCAAUGAUCAGAAUACCAUUUCUCAAUGAUCAGAAUACAAUUCCUUACAUUACCUAGCUGUGCAGAGAUUUUAGACACAAAGAACAAAUACUCUUCUUAGAGAGUGCAUUCAAUUGAGAAAUAUAAAAACAUGACAUCGUCUUUCCCUCCUUACAAACCCAACACACAGGAAGUUCACGAUCAGACACUUUGUUAUUCCCACAUGACGGAACUGGACCCAAUGCUCUCAACAAAAAGACAUAAAUAAAUAAACUUCUUUUAGGAACAUUGUCAUGUCCUCUCAGACCCUUAAGACAUUUCGCGCCGAGAAUGGUCAAUACUAACCGUGUGUCAUGUUGUAUAACUAACAGCAUUCCCCCCUUGACAGCUUUGUUUCAGAACACGUGGGCUCAACCAGACAACACGACCACCGCGGCUCCACCCAGCAACACCACCGUCGGCAACGUGAACACAACCGCUAACAUCAACGUCUCGGUGUCGUCCACCUCCUCCAGUUCAUCAGUGACGCCCGUGAGUGGUUCCAGCAGCACGUCUACCGUGAACCCCAGCAGCACGUCUACCGUAAACCCCAGCAGCACGUCUACCGUGAACCCCAGCAGUAACCCCACCCAGUCGCCGGCCGCCCCCAACAUCACCAACAAUGAGACCACGGCAGCGUCGCCCAACACGACCGAUGCCAACGCCACGACCACACUGCCCACAACUACAACAACUGUGACGACAACGGAAAAACCGCUAAUGGAUUUCUCCAGAGGUGAGUGUCCAAACCGUUUGGCAAAAUUUCUAUUUUUAAAAACAAAUGUCUCUACAGCUGAAAGCUAUCAAAGGGGGCAUAGGGCUGCCAACCACCCGUAAUGUAUCUAAGGGGGCAGGGCUGCCAACCAACCGUAAUGUAUCUAAGAGGGCAGUGCUGCCAACCACCCGUAAUGUAUCUAAGAGGGCAGGGCUGCCAACAAACCAUAAUGUAUCUAAGGGGGCAGGGCUGCCAACCACCCGUAAUGUAUCUAAGAGGGCAGGGCUGCCAACAAACCAUAAUGUAUCUAAGGGGGCAGGGCUGCCAACCAACCGUAAUGUAUCUAAGGGGGCAGGGCUGCCAACCACCCGUAAUGUAUCUAAGGGGGCAGGUCUGCCAACCAACCGUAAUGUAUCUAAGGGGGCAGGGCUGCCAACCACCCGUAAUGUAUCUAAGAGGGCAGGGCUGCCAACCACCCAUAAUGUAUGUAAGGGGUGUAGGGUUGCCAACCACCCGUAAUGUAUCUAAGGGGGCAGGGCUGCCAACCACCCGUAAUGUAUCUAAGGGGGCAGGGCUGCCAACCACCCGUAAUGUAUCUAAGGGGGCAGGGCUGCCAACCACCCGUAAUGUAUCUAAGGGGGCAGGGCUGCCAACCACCCGUAAUGUAUCUAAGGGGGCAGGGCUGCCAACCACCCGUAAUGUAUCUAAGGGGGCAGGGCUGCCAACCACCCGUAAUGUAUCUAAGGGGGCAGGGCUGCCAACCACCCGUAAUGUAUCUAAGGGGGCAGGGCUGCCAACCACCCGUAAUGUAUCUAAGGGGGCAGGGCUGCCAACCACCCGUAAUGUAUCUAAGGGGGCAGGGCUGCCAACCACCCGUAAUGUAUCUAAGGGGGCAGGGCUGCCAACCACCCGUAAUGUAUCUAAGGGGGCAGGGCUGCCAACCACCCGUAAUGUAUCUAAGGGGGCAGGGCUGCCAACCACCCGUAAUGUAUCUAAGGGGGCAGGGCUGCCAACCACCCGUAAUGUAUCUAAGGGGGCAGGGCUGCCAACCACCCGUAAUGUAUCUAAGGGGGCAGGGCUGCCAACCACCCGUAAUGUAUCUAAGGGGGCAGGGCUGCCAACCACCCGUAAUGUAUCUAAGGGGGCAGGGCUGCCAACCACCCGUAAUGUAUCUAAGGGGGCAGGGCUGCCAACCACCCGUAAUGUAUCUAAGGGGGCAGGGCUGCCAACCACCCGUAAUGUAUCUAAGGGGGCAGGGCUGCCAACCACCCGUAAUGUAUCUAAGGGGGCAGGGCUGCCAACCACCCGUAAUGUAUCUAAGGGGGCAGGGCUGCCAACCACCCGUAAUGUAUCUAAGGGGGCAGGGCUGCCAACCACCCGUAAUGUAUCUAAGGGGGCAGGGCUGCCAACCACCCGUAAUGUACAGACUGCUUAGAAUGAGUUGUCGGUAAAUGUCUGCAAGAACUUCAGUUAACGUGUCCCCCCUCCCCUCCCCGCCUUUUUCGUUUACUUGCUUUAAAAUUGAAUGAUCGUAAUCAGGAAAAAUUAAACACGGAUAACAACACCGAUGACAACGCUAAAGACAGCACUGAAGACAGCGCUGAGAAUGUCAUACUGUAAGCUUAGGCUACGUAUAGAAUUUAGCGUCUUAUGACAUAGAGUUAAAGAUUUGAAAGAGACAUUGUCGCAUGCAGUGGCGUAGCUAGGGGGGGGUGCGGACCGCGCCUGGUGGACACCAUAGCAGGCGGGGAUACCAACUUGAAAAAUUGCAUUAUUUACAGAGCACACACCGCUCGAUCCCAGAGCACACACCGCUCGAUCCCAGAGCACACACCGCUCGAUCCCAGAGCACACACCGCUCGAUCCCAGAGCACACACCGCUCGAUCCCAGAGCACACACCGCUCGAUCCGACCGAAUUCCAUAAAAGAAUAACCGAUCACAAGUAAAUUGUCCAAACUUGCAACCAAUCCAAAUGCGUGCUUUAUUGAAAGUUCAAGGGUGAUGCGUCAGAAAUGAGGUGACCCUAUAAUUAGGUAAGAAAAACACAGUUUUUACUAUUAUUCAACGCCAAUUGAAGUGUUUGGUAACUUUCGUUAGUGACAGGAAGCUAUAUAUAUCUAAACUUUCAGAAAUAAAGCUUUCCAUGGAUACCAAAUACGAUAGGGUCUGGCGAUUCAGUAAAUGAGCCGAAUUGGUAAAAAAAAAAUAUAUAAAAAAAUAAUUAAAAAUGAAUUUUUAACCGAUUUAUAGAGUUAUCAAAAUAAUAUUUUACAAAAUGGUCUAAUGUCUUUUAAAAAUUAAUUUUAAUUAAUUAAAUUUUUUAAAAUGGUUAAGAAACCGAAAAUAUCGAAACCCAAAAAUACUCAAAAAUUAAUAUGUUCGCCGAUUCUUCACUAGCACCGCCCCUUGAGCACGAUUGUCAUACAGUACAAGGUCUUUUACAUGCUGUCUGUGAUGUCACGUUUAUCCGCUACCUUUACCUUUGGGCUGAUCUACUUGAGGAAGUUACUCGUACACAGCAGUAUCUAAAGACUUCACUCUUGAAAAAGUGGUGAUCAACCCAAGAGGCCUUAAUAUUGUUUCUGCACGAGAAGCGCUGUCACUUGUUGGUGGAACAUGCUAUUGAAAAGGCACUUUUAAAAUGGACCGAUACGGAAUUUCGGUAGCGAGAAGAUUAAGGUUUCAGAAGAGAAUGGCAGGAGAACAAUUAGCCUACUAGAUGCUGGACUCUCUCUCUGCGUAAAGAAAACAUGAGUGAGAUGAUGGAGUGUAUUAAUCGCUUUCAUUCAGACUCCAGAUCAGUUCAUUAGCGAUCAAGGUAUUAGCAGAUAUGUAUGGCGCUGUUCCACCCAAGAGUCUACUAUCAGUGAGUAUCAGCAAGGGAAUAAGAGUUAUUGGUGUCCGUUCCAAAAUGAACCUCUUUCUUUGAUGAGUUCUCAGAAGAUGUACUUUAAAAAAAAAAUGAAGGCUUAGAAGAAACCUACAGGCAGCUGAUAUUAAAUUACACACUGGCCAGUAUUUGAUGUUUUGAAAUGCAUAGCUGAAUGGGACUUCUUAGAAUCUCUUCCAAUACUCUCGCUAGGCCUUCAGUUGUUUCUUACGAUCUGUGUAUCUGCGGCUUCUUGUGAGCGGAGCUUUUCAAAACUAAGGCUUAUCAAGAACUCUUUACGAUCCACCAAUGGGACAGUCGAUGCUUUCUGAUGUGGCUCUACUAUCAAUUAAAAGCGAUACGGUGACGGCUAUUGAGUUUGAUCACGUGAUUGGCAGGUUUACAGCUUUAAACACCAGGAAAUGACAUUUGUAAAAUAAAGUAAAUUUAAUGUAAAAAUAACUAUAACUUAACGUUGUUACAGUUCUUAAAUACAUUUUUACCUCCUGACUUUCAAUUAAUUUGUUAUUUUUUCCCCUUGUCAUUGUCAUACAGUGGAAUUAUUUUAAAAAGAAGAAAUUAAUCGUGGAAGUUGGAUAAAAAGGGGGGGGGGUGACACCAUGAGUUAACCGCACCGGUUCACACCAACGUCACUGGUCAUGGUUACUUGGUCACGUGGUCACACCAGUCGGAUAUUUUAGAAGUUUUUGGCUGCAAAGUUUUAAAAAAUUAUCAUCAUCAGUGGCGAUGCAGCCCAUGUAGGGCCCUGGCCUGCUCCACCACAUUCUUGCAUUCGGAUCGAUCCAUGGCUUUCCGCAUCCAUGGGCGAACCCCAAACUUGUGUAAGUCCUUCUCUACAUCGUCGUCGAUCCAUCUCAGCCUUGGGCGACCGGUGAGCCGCCUGCCCCUAGGUUUCUCCCUGUAUAUACUACCCUGACUGAUUCCCCUCCUCUGACCGAUAAAUGAUCUUGCUGGCUGCCGUCCAUGGUUUGCCUUUUAAAAGUCCUGGGGUUCAUGCUGCUCUUUAUUUCAUAAUUGUAUUUGAUUUUAAUGUCAUGAUUAUGUCUCUUUUGAAAAUAUUUUUAUGUACAGCGCGGUGAGCCCAACCCUAGGCUGGGGUACAGCGCUAUAAAAGACCACUAAUUAUUAUUAUUAUUAUGUUAUUAUUAUUAUUAUGAGUGGUUUUAUACAGCGUGGUACCCCAACACUCACCACGCUGUGCAUAAAAUUUAACAAACAUAAUGAACUUUAAAAAUUAAUUAACAAUCACUUCUGCUGCUCUACAAUCUGGCUUCCUUUCAAUAUGUUUUGCCCAUCGCAGUCUGCCCCUUUUUUAAUUGUUGAGAUUAUGGGUGGGUCUUGUUGUUUUUUUUUUUGUUUUUUUUUUAAAAUAUAUCGUUUUAGAGUUUUAGCCCACCAAUCUGGCUUCCUUUCAAUAUGUUUUGCCCAUCGCAGUCUGCCCCUUUUUUAAUUGUUGAGAUUAUGGGUGGGUCUUGUUGUUUUUUUUUUUGUUUUUUUUUUAAAAUAUAUCGUUUACGAGAUAUAGCCCACCAAACAUUGGCGACAGCAAUGUGUGAACCUCCCAUCUAGUAAAGUUACUUGACAAAACAUGAACGCAAGUAUAACGCACAUUUAAGAAUCCCAAUUUUUGCUACGCCCCUUCCCCCCUUCCCCCCCCCAUGAAACGUCACUGCACACUUUUUAUUUCACGCCCAUGAACUACAUUAAAUAUUCUGAUGUCCCAACCACUUUCAAACUGAAUAUUUUCUCUACCCCAUACUUAAAUUGAAACGAUUUCAUCUUCCAAAAAAGAAAAUAUUACGCGCCAAACGCAGUUGCGUUUAAAAAAAAAAUAUCAUUUAGCGUAGUUAUCGGGAAUUAUAUUUUGCACGCAAGUGAACUUAUCCUUGAACCAUACUUUUUGAUUCUGAUAGACUGCAUGCUGCAACCAAGUACUGGCAUAUGUGCAAACAUUUAUAAUUAUUUCUAAUAUGCUCUCAAUGCAGAAUUCGCUGAUGAGGAAGCAGUCCACGAGUCCCACCAGAAGCGUUAUAGAUAUAAGAGAUAUUUAAAUGUGACCGUAAAAUAUAUGCCUAAAUAAAAAAAAAUUACGUGAUCUAAGUAUAUCAGUCAAUUGUAUGUGAGCUGGCAACCCUUUGAGAGUGAGAAAAAGGAGAGAAGGGGAGGGGGAGAAAAUGAGAGAGAAAAAAUAGAGAGGGAGAGGAAGAGAGAGAAAAUGAGAGAGAGAGAAAGAGAGGUGUCAAAUGAACUAAAACUAAGACCAUCGGUGAACGCUCUUUCUGCUUCCAUGGGCCCACGUUCUGGAACCAGCUCCCCUUCCAUAUACGUCAUAGUGAAACCUCGUCCAUUUUCAAAAAGUCCCUUAAAACUCAUCUGUUUAGGUCCGCCUAUGACCUGUGAUGCACCCUCCUUGCCCUACCUAAUUUUCUGUUUCGGUUUAAUCCUGAAGUGUCAAAGUGUCCUCUUUUUAUAGCCAUUUUCAUUGUUUCUAUAGAAUAGUAGUUACUAUCCUAGUGUCUCAUUUGUAUUUACUUAGUUUACAUGUUUUAAUAAUUGUAAAGCGCUUAGAGCUUUAUGAUAAGCGCUAUAUAAAAAUGCCUAAAUAAAUAAAUAAAAUAUAGCGGGAAUUUCUAAGGCCAAUUGUUUGUAUCCUUUUAUUCUAGUAGAAUAGAGAUGAUAUUAUCGUUUAUUUUCUCCUGUAACUUUUAAAUGAGUUAAUUCUAUCCACUGAUCCACUAGUAUCAUCGGAUACUUUAAGUCUUUUUUUGUGUCAGACAGAUCAAAUUUUGAUAGGGGCCAAAAAAAAACUUGCAACUUAUUGAAAUGAAGUCAUGAACCUUAAAAGGGGGUGGGUGCAACUUCAUCCCCAUCUGUGACAACUCUAGGCCCACACUUUGAUUGCCUCAUCCCCAUCUGUGAUAACUCUAGGCUCACACUUUGAUUGCCUCAUCCCCAUCUGUGACAACUCUAGGCUCACACUUUGAUUGCCUCAUCCCCAUCUGUGACAACUCUAGGCUCACACUUUGAUUGGUCAAUGAUAUGGAGAUGGACAAUCAUUUCAUUAUUAUUAAUUCAUUUUUUUUUUACCUCGUUGGUGUUUAGACAGGGCGGUCUUCAUCUUGACACUGACGCUUGGUCCAAACAGCACAGCAGAUGUUGUGUACACGAAUCUCAACCUGACCAGAGAACAGUUGUUGGCCAGCGUAAGUUUAUAUAUAGAUUAAACAUAUCACAUAUAGGCAGGCCCGUACCAUGAGUCCCGAUUUGACCGGGAUCUUCCCGGUUUUAGAAACAUUGUCCAGGAAAGUUUAAUAUGCUGUUCCGGUCUUAUUAUUAAUAUUAAAAUUUAAAUUAUUAUGCAUAUCUUAGCUAGUUUCGUACACCAUAGAAUGCCACAGAUAGUUUCGCACACUACGGUACACCAUGGAUUGUUUCGUACACCUUAGAUAGUUUCGUAUGCCACAGAUAGUUUCAUAAACCACAUAGCCUAUAGUUUUGUACACCUUGGUUAGAUAGUUUUCCUACACCACAGAUAGUUUUUUACGCUUUAGUUAGAUUUUCGUACACCUUAGUUGAAUGUCUAGGCAAAAUUUUUUUCGGGGCGCACUUAUUUAUUGAUUUAAAAUUAUUUUAAUAAUAUUUAGGCCGAUUUAACGGGUGCCCCCUCUUCGUUCCUGGUGCCUUUAAAAAAAAUCUGCCCAACUGACUCAACAAAAACCAGAACUCCAAACCUAUUUAUUUGCCUUUUAUAACACUGGUCGUAGAUUGGUUCAAAUUUCUUCUGUUUCAGAUCAGUCAAUACUUUCAACAGUCUGCUGCCAUCGAUUUGACCAAAAGGUAACUUUAAAAGAAAAAAAAAACAAUUAAAUGCCUAAAUAUUCAACAAACAUCCUUUCAUUCUCUGGUUCGGUGAUCCUCAACUAUUUUUAAUAUUUCACGUCACUCCACUACUGUAUUCACUUGAUUGGCUCCCUCUACAAGUACGUAUUGACUACAAAUUCUCUGCUCUCUUCCACAACUUUUUUCUCGAAUUCCUCCCCUCCCUAUCUAACCGAACUUCUCUCUCUCUAUUCACACCUACGACAGCUUCGCUCCUCCGCAGACGCGCGUAUUCUUUCUGUCCCCAAGAUUCGCACAAAAACACACGGUGAACGAUCGUUCUCUUUCUGUGCCCCAAAACAAUGGAAUUCUCUUCCAUUACUUAUCCGCAAUAUACCGACCAUCACAGUCUUCAAGACUGCACUCAAAACACAUCUCUUUAAACUUUACUAUCCUGACUGAUCCCCCCCCCUCCCCCUCUCUCUCUGAUCGCUUAACGAUGCUGCUGGGUAGCCGUCCGUGGCUUGACGUGUAACUACUUCUUGAAUGUCUGGAGUGGAUCUACAUUUGUUUUGUUCUAUUUAUUAAUGAAUGUUAAUUGUUAAGUUCAUGAUUAUGUUUGUUAAAUUGUAUCUACAGCGUGUUGAGCCCAGCCCUAGGCUGGGGUACCACGCUAUAUAAAAAAGUGUUUAUCACUACUGUAGUGACAGGAGCUCUCCACCUGGCUCUGUCCUGGGCUGUCUGCACCCAUUGAGUAGUGUUUAUGCUGGAGGCCUUUAGUGCCACUUUCAGUGAGUUUUUGUAACGCUUUUUUUUCUUUGACCUCCUUGGGAGCGCUUGCCUAUCGUGAGUUCUCCGAAGAGCAUCUGUUUCGGGAGACGGUGGUCAUCCAUACGGGCUACGUGUCCCAUCCAACGGAGCUGAGACUGCAUCAGAGUGGUGAAGAUUACUAGUUAGGUUCGCUCUAGCGAGGACCUCGGUGUCGGGGACUUUGUCUUGCCAACUGAUGGCGAGGAGUUUCCUGAGGCAGGUUGUGUGAAAAUGAUUCAGUUUCUUGGCGUGACGCUGGUAGACUGUCCAUGUUUCACAUCCGUAGAGCAGUGUCGAGAGGACUGCUGCGCUAUAGACCUUGAUCUUCGUUUCUCGUCUGAUACCUCUCCUGUCCCAAACAGUGCUGCGGAGCCUGCCAAAUAUGGCACUAGCUUUUGCGAGUCUGCCAUUCAUUUCAUGAUCCAUGACGACAGAUCUAGGGAGGGUGCUGCCCAAGUAAGUAAAUUUAUCCACCGGGUUGAGACGCUGUCCAUUGAUCAUGAUGUUGGGUUCAACGUAGGGCCUACUGGGAGCUGGUUGAUACAUCACCUCAGUCUUCUUUGUGUUGAUUUUGAGGCCAAAGUUAUUGCAGGCCUCAGAGAAGAUAUCAACGCUGUGUUGAAUGACGGCUUCUGAGGGAGCGUUGAGGGCACAAUAGUCUGCAAACAGAAGCUCGUUGGUGGUGUUAUGUUUGACCUUGGUUUUAGCUGAAGCCUCCUAAGGUUAAAUACUGAUCCAUCAGUGCGAAACCGGAUUGGCAAGCCCGUGGUGGAGUCCUUGAACGCAUCAGAGAGCAUUGCAGAAUACAUAAUACUGAAGAGUGUGGGAGCAAGUACACAACCCUGCUUUACACCGUUUGUGACGGGGAAUGCUUGAGAUGAUUGACCGUUGUCCUGCACUCGGGCCAUCAUACCAUCAUGCAGCUGACGUAUGAUGUUGGUGAACUUGUCUGGGCAUCCGUAUUUCUUCAUGAUUUUCCACAGGCCACCUCUAUUGACCCUGUCAAAGACCUUAUUCAAGUCGAUAAAUGUGGAAUAUAGGUCUGUAUUUUGUUCCUGGCAUUUCUCUUGAAGCUGUCUAGCAGCAAACACCAUAUCGAUGGUUCCGCGUUUUUUGCGGAAACCGCAUUGACUUUCGGGUAGGAGACCUAGCUCCAGAUGUGCAUUCAGGCUGUUCAGAAGGGCUCGGGCCAAGAUCUUGCCUGCAAUGGACAGCAGUGAAAUUCCGCUGUGAUUGUCGCAGGCCUGGCGGUUUCCUUUGUGUUUGUACAGGUGGAUAAUUGAGGCAUCCUUGAGGUCUUGUGGUACAGUUUCCGUCUGCCAGAUGAUCUGGAAUAGACGCAAUAGCUGGUCCACCCUCUUUGUAGAUUUCGGCAGGAAUCAUGUCAGGGCCAGGUACUUUGCCAUCGGACAUUUGUCGGAUCGCUGUCUGUAUCUCAUCAAAAGUUGGGACGGCGUCCAGUAAAUUGUUCGUUGGGACCUGGGGGAGUCUUUCAAUGGCCUCAUCAUUAAUGAUGGAAGGUGUAUUGAGCACACUUUCAAAGUGUUCCGCCCAUCUUUCCAAGAUUUUCUCUUUGUCUGGGUGUCUCAGAUACUGUAGCAUCAUAAACACACCACUGUCAUUAACCCAGUCAUUCCUUGUUUUUUUUUGCUGUUUUUUUAAGCUGUUUUUUUUUUUUAUUUGGAAGUCGCACGAUAAUUUUUUUUUUUUUUUUUUUUUUCAAUGCAAUGAAUUUUUUUAUUUUGUACACAAUUUAUAGUUAAAUUUUUUGAAAUCACGUUUCUAUUUUUUUUUUUUUUUUUUUUUUUUUUUGUUUUUUUUUUUUUUUUUUUUGGAAGUCGCAUGUUUUUUUUUUUUUUUUUUUUUUUUUUCAAUGCAAUGAAUAUUGUUAGUUUGUACACAAUUGAUAGUUAAAUUAUUUGAAAUCACGUUUCUAUUUUUCAGAGAUGGAUCUGACGAUUACAGCCUGCUGUUAAAAUUCUUCUUUACUCAAAUCUACGGGAUCAACUCAACCCUUGAGGAAAAGAUUAGAAACGCAACCAUUGACUUGAAUAACACAGAGACGGAGUUGACGGUGUCCAGUAGAACUCUGGAAAAAAUUAGUCAAUGUAAGUGAAAGGAUUUGGAACCAUGGAAAGGGGGUGGGGGCUCACAGAAUGUAUAGCGCACGAGCAUGAAAUCUAAAAAGUAGUUUCCAAACGAUUGUCGAUAAAUGAGCCACCAGUAUUUAAAAAUAUAUUUUAAAAAACCGUACUCUCCAAGCCAGAUAACUUGCUCUAUGCACUACACGAGGAAACCUUCUAAUCAAGCAUCAUUUGACAUUGUGCUCAGGGUUGCAUUAUUUUUUGAGACAAUCAUCACUGAGUGCCCUUCCCUAAAAGAUGGCCAACUUUUUGUGGUCCACGACAGGUGGUGCGGUGCUGUGCCAUGUGUGUUUGCACUAGGCAGUUGUACCAUGCCCUUGUAUGAAAGGGAGGGAGCCACAUGUGAUACUUUGAAGGGAUAUACUGGUCUUUAAAGAUAUAUCUAUAUUUAGAGAUAUAUGGAGGGGAGGCAUUUUUGGCAACACACAGAGCUUUUUUCCACGAGGGGUGGCAAAUAAUUCGGGCCCGCCCUUGGCGGCACUAAUGCUAUCUUUGCCGCUGUCCCCCUUUAAGACAUAUCCCAAUUUAAGUCUUGACCCCAUUUAAGACUCAUCCCCAUUUGGGGACUAACCACUUUCACCUACUCACUACUUUCACCUACUCACCACCUUCACCUACUCACCACCUUCACAUACUCACCACUUUCACCUACUCACCACCUUCACCUACUCACCACUUUCACCUACUCACCACCUUCACCUACUCACCACUUUCACCUACUCACCACUUUCACCUACUCACCACUUUCACCUACUCACCACUUUCACCUACUCACCACUUUCACCUACUCACCACCUUCACCUACUCACCACUUUCACCUACUCACCACUUUCACAUACUCACCACUUUCACCUAAGUCAUUUUUAAUUUAAAAAUUUUUACUGAAGAAACUCCUAGAGACAAUGUUUUUAUUUUUUUCAAGAACCUUGACCUUCAUUAGCAUGGCCACUAAUUUUUAUUUUCAUUGAAAUUCUUUGUUUAUUUCCUGACCUAGUUUUCCAAAAUGCUUCUGACGACCCUUGCUUCGCCAUCAAUGUUUGCCCCGUGGGUUAUGACUGUGAAGCUCGGGGUUGUUCACUGAGGUCAAGCUGUGGACCCGACACGUGCAACGGCAAUGGACAGUGUGUUGUUAGCCUUUUUUCUGACAGGACGACUGCAACAAAAUGCAUGUACGGUUUUGUUUGAUCAGUUUUAUUUUAACAUGGAAACAAAUCUUUUGGCUCCAAGUUUGUCAAAAAUGUAGGAAAAUCACAAUUUGAGUAAUGUAGCUAUUUAACUCUUCCUUUUUCACUUAAACGUAGUUCCAUAACUUAGCAUUUGUGCACAUAACUUAGUAUUUCUGCACAUAACUUAACAUUUGUGCACUCAAAUUAGAAUUUGUGCACACAACACACAACUUAGCAUUUGUGCACAUAACUAUUUGUGCACAUAACCUAACAUUUACCGUCGACGAAGUUUCUUUCGAUCAAUUUUCCGGAUACGAUCGGCGACGGGUACCCGAGAAGGCGAGCAGGUCUUAUUCCAAUGUUUUUGACAGCCCUAAACACCAGCCACAGCAACCCCCACCAAGUUUUCAAACCUACUUUUAAUAAUUGCAGCUGUGAUGAAAGCUACGACACCGAGUACUACGGCGACCAGUGUGAGAGCUCCCGUACAGGCAAGCUUCAGAUCAUUGCGAUCAUUGCAGGAGUGUUAGGAGCCGCCAUCCUGGUGCUGUUACUCAUCAUCAUCAUUAUUUGUGUCACACAGCGGCGCAAGGGAUCGGGAUAGUGAGUACGUUUUUUAAUAUGGGGGGGGGGGGGGGGGGCGUCCCCUGAGGAUGAAAAAAUAUUUUGCUUGUGAGGGGUACCAUAAAAAUUUAAAAAAAAAAAAACAACAACACUGGUCUUUAAGUUUAAGAAUUUAAAGUUGACGUUUUUAUCAUCAUUUUUUGUGUCACACAGCGGGGCAAGGGAUCGGGAUAGUGAGUACGUUUUUUAAUAUGGGGGGGGGGGGGUCGGCGUCCACUGAUGAUGAGAAAAUAUUUUGCUUGUGAUGGGUACCAUUAAAAUUUAAAAAGAACAAAACAACAACACUGGUCUUUAAGUUUAAGGAUUUAAAGUUGACGUUUUUGUGGCCUACAAAUGAAGCAUUGAAAUGUCAUCAGAAGGUAAGUAAAAUAUAUCAAGGAUGUAAGUGUAAGCCUCCUUCAAAUUUUAUUCUGUCAAAUUCACAGAAGUAUUUUUGUAAUCUCACACUAUAUGUAUGAGAGUUUUAUAAAAUUGCUCUCAAUUCUUUUAUUAAACAUAAUAUUGUGUAAAUAUCUUGCUGGCUGCCGUCCAUGGUUUGCCUUGUAAAAGUUAUGUGGUGGGGUGGGUGAAUAUACAUUGCUGUACAUUAUUUCAUAAAUGUAUUUUAUUUUAAUGUCAUGAUUAUGUCUCUUUUGAUAAAAAAUGUUAUGGGGUACCGCGCUAUAUAAGACUUCUUCUUCUUCUUCUUAUUAUUAUUAAAUAGGCAGUUAUUGUCUUGAGAGGGGUAAUAAGGGGAGAGACUGCAAUCAGGCUAGUACAAUCCUAUCCUAAAUUCUAUUUACUCAUUAUAUUUUAUUGUCUUGAGAGAAGUAUUGAAAUGAAUGAAUGCAGCCUUGUAUGAAUUUUCAUCUAAAACAAAUUUUUUUUCGCUCUCUCAUUCUCAUAAUGGACAAGCACUAUCCUAAAUACGGGCAAGCACUAUCCUAAAUACGGGCAAGCACUAUCCUAAAUACGGGCAAGCACUAUCCUAAAUAUGGGCAAGCACUAUCCUAAAUACGGGCAAGCACUAUCCUAAAUAUGGGCAAGCACUAUCCUAAAUAUGGGCAAGCACUAUCCUAAAUAUGGGCAAGCACUAUCCUAAAUAUGGGGUUCGUGAUAGGAUUUAUACCCGUUCGUGAUAGGAUAAUAUGGGCAAGCACUAUCCUAAAUAUGGGCAAGCACUAUCCUAAAUAUGGGCAAGCACUAUCCUAAAUAUGGGCAAGCACUAUCCUAAAUUCUAUGUCUGAAAUUGCAUAAAACUAAAUGGGUGAUUUCCUUCACUUGCAGUGAGAUCUCCAAAGGUCACAAAAACAAGGCCUAUGACGGUGAAAUGACGUCCUAACUCAUUGGACUAACCUUCAACAACUGACCAUUUUUACCUGCAACAACUGACCAUUCUGGCGCCUUCUCUUAGCAGUAACUCGUACAUGAUUAGGAUUAUAAUUCGUUCUUUGUGUGAUCUGAAAUUUAAACAAAAAAUCACCCUCCAAAAAAAACAAAAAAAAAAACGUUAUUUUUUCCAAUCUUCCAUAUGAAAGGCAACAUGCUUCAUCAGUUUGUACAGUAAAACAAAAUUCAUAUUAUGUCUCCUUGAAUCUUUACAAAUUACAAUAAUAAUUAUAUGUUAAUGUUAUUAUGAAAAUAACGUUUUAAAAAUCCAGCAUAGCUAUUUCAAUUAAUAAUAUAUUUAUAUGUACCCAAAGCUAUCUAAAAAUAAAUUACAUUUAAAUAACUUCAAAAACUUCAUUUUUAUUCCAUAUAAGAGAUUUGAUUGAGGAACAUCAUUUACUUUCAGAUAAAAAUUAUAGAUCGUUAAAGGCGCCUAUAUAAGGUAAAGGGACUAACAAAUUAAAAAAAGAUAAAAGUUUAGUUUUGUUUUGGCGCGGCCGGGGGUGGGGAUGGAUUACAGGAGAAUUACUCUUGGCAUGAUUCAUGUUUUUAAAACUCUUGACUCAUUAGUUGGACAUUGGUGGGAGGAUUAGGUUUCAAACAAUUUAAUCAAAGAUGACAGGCAUACAUUGAUUACCUUGUCAUAUUUUUGUUCAAUGAAAAUUUCUAACAUUCCAUCCUGAUGUUUUAUAAAUAAUUUAUUCCGCUAAAAAUAAAUUGUUUUUUAAAGUUAAUGUUGUAACAAAUAAUUGUCGAAAAGAGUAUUUCUCUCUUUAUUUGUAUUUAAUAUGUCAAAUAUAUAAACAACUGUAGAAUUUUAUAAUGCUGAUGUCAGUUCAUAAAAAGUGGUACAUAUGAAGUGUGGUGGAGUGUCUUCCUGUGUAUGUGUGUAGGUGUGUUUAUGAGAUGCUCGUUUUCUGUGAAUAUAGUCAUUUUUUUAACGUAUUUAGAUUGUAUAGAUUUCUCAUUGAUUAGAAGCCUCAUGAUGGAACUUUUACAUUUAUCAGAAUUUUUUAAACCACUGUUCAAAUACAGCUUUUUUUAUUUUUCAUUCGAGAAUACCUUAUCAUUUUUAGCUUAUCUUCAAUUGCAGCUUUUGUUAAUGGUUUAAACCUCACAUGGAGAUAAUUUCUGUUCUUGUAAAGUGUCCUUUUAAGGACUUAUCUCACCGUAUCUAAAACAUCUGAUUAGACUGCACAUGUCUUUAGGUUAAAAUUUCCACGGUUCACACCCAUGGUAUUGCUCAUUACAAUAAAAAAUAAAAUUGUACCCAAUGCUGCUAACGGAAAUCAGAAAACACAAAGUAUUUUGUUAUAAAAUUAAUAAAUUGAAUUAAUGUCAAAAAAAUAAAUUAACCGGCAUUAUUUAAAUCUUUUAAAAUACAUUCCAUGUUUUAUGGCUGAUCCAUAUUUUAAACUACAUACAUUUUUUUCCACUUCUAAAAAUGCUUUCACUGUCAUUUUUAUAUUUCAGGUUUAGAGGUUAUUUCAUUAUUGUAAAAUGCAAUCCGUUGCUCAGCUUCUAUUAGUAUUGAGUAAUCCUGAGGUCAGCUGUAGGGGAUUUAGAACAGUUGGAGAUGUUAUAACAGAGAUUUUGGUUUAGGAUGUAUUUUUGUUUUAAAAAAAGGCAAAGUUAUUUAUAUAAUUUGUUCUCUUCUUACAUAAAUAUGUGACUAACAUGCACUCCAUCCAAUGUUAAGCAAAGUUUCAAAGUUAUCAUUUUAUUUAGGAGACUGUGAUGUUUUAUUAGAAAUUUUUAAAACAAUAGUACUUAAUGCACUGUUGUACAUAGCUGAGAUGACAAAGCUAGAACUGUAUUACAGACUGAAAGUAGUGGGUCUAAGAGAUGUCUGUAAAUCAGGGGUUCCUAUCUUCUGGAGGACUAAAGGGCCACAUUCAUGGUUGUGAUUUGCAAAACCUACUUACCGGUACUGAAUUCAAGGCACUCCCUAAAAUUCUUUCCACAUUUGAUGUAGUCUUGAAUAAAAAGUCAUGCAUAUUAUUUUUCUAUAACUGAAAAAAAGACAGUGGGAAAACAGCUACGCUUCUGUAUCUAAAAAUACUUAUGAUUUAAAAUAGGGGGAGUUUUUAUAAGUUAUGACUCUUAAAUAUUUGUGCAAAGUUUUGCAUGGGUCAGGGCAGCGAUUCCCAAAAUUAUAAGUUUGGUUGACCAGUCGACAAGUUUUGAAGUUGCACCAGGACUGAUGCAAGAUUUAUUGAUAUUUUAUUUUUAUCUGACCAAAAAUAAUCAUGUUGUGCAGACUGGCAAAGUAAGGCUCAUGGAUUGGUGGAGAGUUAAAGUAAAUGGCCUGUCAGGCCACAUGUGACGCAGCUCCCCUAUAUAGUAUAGGAAUUCCGUGAUGUAAAUACUCUUUCAAUGGAAAUAUUUUCUCUGCUUAUUAUUUUAUGACUCAAGUAUGCAUUUAUUUAUUUAACCUUAGCCGAUGCUAAACUGCUUGCACAAGGUAAAUUCUUUUUUUUAUCGAAAAUAAUAUUUUACUGUCUUGGAAGCGACAAGGUUUUAAAAAAGUCAAUUAAGUUUAAAGUAUCCUUCAGAGGAAAGUAAUUAUAUAAUUGUAAAAUAACAUCUGUAUUUAUAUAUUGUACCCUUUUUAAGGAGUGUCUAAGUAUUAUUUAAAAAAAGGACAAGUAAUAAGUAAGAAUUAUGAAGUUCGUUUUUUUUGCUGUGACAAAUAUGACUGUUAUUAGUUUAAAAAAACUUCUUAAUUUGAAAUACAUGUUAAAAAUAUUUUUGAUAAAGUUAUGCAAUUAUUUGUUAUGCAUAAAUGAAAUAUUUUUAUGGCAAUCUAUUUUUUUAACAUGUUGAUGCAAUGUUUACAACAUUGGGGGACUGGAUCUGAUCCAGUGUAAGAUUUUUGAUAUAUUUAAACUUAAUUAAGACUUUGAUUGCAGAACUUAAAAUUUUAUUUUCUAUGAUACAAUUAAUUUUCUAUCAAUAUUCCUAGGAUACUUUAAAAAUUAAAAGCAAACAAAUUAAUGCUUAGAGUUAGAGUAAUGUAAUUUUUAAAUUCACAGUCUGUUUGUGAAGUUUGAAAACUUUCUCAUGAAAUCCUCUGUUAAAUUUUUGCCAUUUUAGGAUAAAUAAUUUUUUUUAAACUUUAUUAUAUUAUAAAGGAAAAUUUUGAGAUGGUGGAAAAAGAUUUAUCCUGUUUAAUAUUUAAUAGAAUUUUUGUAUUGUCGCCUCAACCACUACAAAAGUAAUAGUUUAAAAUAAUACAUAACUAAUUUAUUAAAAUUAAAUAAAUAUAUAUAUAUAUAAAUAUUUAUCUUUUGUUUCAUUUAAAUGUGUAAAUAAUGUAUUUAUUCAAUGAUCGCUUUCUUCCUUUGUUAAAAUUAUUUGACUUUAUAAAAAUUAAAUUACAAAUUUUUAUUUAAAAAAAAAAAAAAGCAAAACUUUAAAAUU